AACCGAAACCUUAUCUUCCCCACUGUUCGCCCAAUGAGCUCAUCGCUUCUGAUGGCGACGAUGAGCUCCCCCUCUUCCUCUCUCAUCCGCCUCAGAGCCCUACCAUCCGCGCCUUCACCAACCUCUAACCUUCUGCUCCCCGCCUCGAUGCUCCCUCGCCCCGCCUUCUCCUCCCGCCGCCGGGUCGUCUCCCGGUCACGUGGCAUCGGAGGCGCCCCUGCGGCGAUCCGCGCAAUGGCCGUCGACUCCGAUUACUCGUCGAGGAGGGGCGGCAGCAGCGAGCCGAGGGAGACGAUCAUGCUCCCCGGCUGCGAUUACAACCACUGGCUCAUCGUGAUGGAGUUCCCGAAGGAUCCGGCGCCCACGCGGGAGCAGAUGAUCGAGACCUAUCUCAACACUCUCGCCACCGUCCUGGGAAGCAUGGAAGAAGCUAAGAAGAACAUGUAUGCUUUCAGCACAACCACAUAUACUGGAUUCCAGUGCACUGUAUCUGAAGAAACAUCAGAAAAAUUUAAAGGUUUACCAGGAGUCCUCUGGGUGCUGCCCGAUUCAUACAUUGAUGUGAAGAACAAAGAUUAUGGAGGUGAUAAAUACAUAAAUGGGGAGAUAAUCCCAUGUACAUAUCCUACUUAUCAACCGAAGCAACGUGGAUCAAAGAACGAAAGUAGAAAAUAUGUGAGGCGGAGGGAUGGCCCUCCACCAGAACGCAGAAGACCGGCUGGAGAAACCCCUCAGGCUGGGUCUGCUUCCGCAUGAGGCAUCAAUUGGUGUCGGAUAAAACAGUGACGAUUGGUCAACUAUAUACUUUUAUGCAUGGAGCACGCCAUUUCUUGCUAGGGUAAUCUAAAGGUGUGCAUUGAGCUGUGUGGUUGAUUUAUUUACGUCUCUACUUCGUCAGGUUUAUGUCCAUAUAGCUCUAGUGAUCUGAUCAAGAGUUGUAAGCUACUUUGUAUGAACCGAGACGUGAAGCUGAUGAUCAAACUAGGUCCUAUUUUGGCAUAUCUCUGGUCAUUUGGUAGCAAGCUGAUGUGUUAUUGUAAUAUUCAUAUCAGACUUAUAAAGCUAGGUGAGCCUAUCGUAACUUAA